AUGGCGAUGAGCAGGUGUGCGGCUCUAAGCUCAUCUUCUUCCGCCAAUCCUUUCAAUGCUCUAGGCAAUGCUCUUAUCGGACACCCACAACUUUUGAGCCGUAAUUUUAUCCAGACGUUCAUGGCCACAUGCUGCACCAGAUCUGAGAGAAGGCUCACAAGGAUGAGCUUAAGAAGAACAAAGAUACCAUUUCAAGGUCAGCCGAAUCAUAUUGGUAUGAUCCGGUUUGAUUAUCGCCGAAAUUUGAAGCUCGUUGAGCAGUUUCUUUGCGAUUUUGUGAUUAAUUUGAAUAUGUCUACGGAUAAUGAAUCGUUAAUGAGGGCACUGUCAAAGCUAGUCAAUCUUAACAAUCCAGAUCUUGUCUUGUUUGUUGGAGAGGCACUUGUUGGAAAUGAUGUUGUUGAUCAGCUUUCAAAGUUUAAUCAGCUUCUGGAUGAGAUGAUUGACAAUGGCUUCCCUCUCACUAUAGAACCUAAUAUUCUGAGAGAGAUGAUUGCUCCACCAAAUAUAGUUAACAAGAUGUUGAGUGUUGUGACAGGCAACAGUUCCAACAUGAGUGACACACUUCCAAGUGCAACAUCAUCUUGCAUUCCAUGGAGAACAGCAGACCCGAAAUAUGCUAACAAUGAAGUUUAUGUUGAUCUUGUUGAAGAAAUGGAUACAAUUGAUGGGGUCUUGGUGAAAUGCGAGAUAUAUGGUGAAGUGCAAGUUAACUCCCAUCUCUCAAGUGUUCCUGAUUUGACUCUUUCAUUUGCAAACCCUUCUAUUCUUGAUGAUAAAAGGGGAAAGGGUUUCUGGGCUGAGUUUGAGUUGUACGCUGUUGAUCUUUUGGUUGGCAUAACUAUUGACAUUGCUUUGGUUGGCAUGUUGGCACCCUAUGCUCGAAUUGGAAAGCCAUCAGUAUGA